AUGCCUUCACUUCCUGCCAACCUGUCACAACGACACGUCAUUCACCCCAUCGAUGCGCAUGCCCGGCGCCGGCACCGCUCCUGGCGGAGCCGGCAGUCUGAGCAUGCGCAAUGCCGCCGGACCGCUGUGGGUUCUGCGCACGCGCAGAACCGGCUCCUUUCCAGCGCUACUGCAGAUCCAACUCUGACUUUGAAAUCAAGCCUGCCACCAAGGGUGGUGCUGCUGUUCACUGGCAUACUGACCUUGACAUUACGGAGGCUGAGCACCAGCACUCAAGAUUCCUCCUCCUAUCUCUCCUGGACCAUGACCCCACCAUCGAACAUCAGGAUAUUAUGUCCAUGGCAGUCAGGCUUCCCUGGCGUUGUUGGUCCUUCGGGCCUGAGAGGAGCUGAUGGAAUCUCUGGUCCCCCUGGACCUACGGGCUCACCAGGUCCCAGAGGACCGGAAGGAAUUCAGGGUCAAAAGGGGGAACGAGGCCCUCCUGGUGUGAGCAUUCCAGGUCCCAGAGGAAUUCCAGGAGUCCCUGGAGAGAGAGGAGAUCCUGGUGAAAUGGGUCCUGACGGCCAAAAAGGAGAACAGGGAAAACCAGGAAUGACGGAGGACCAAAUCCGCACGUAUGUGCGCCAGGAGAUGAGCGAACACUGUGCCUGCGGAGGUUUGUCAUCACACUCACUGUCUUAUUCCCGUCAAAUCCCUGUUCUAAAGAUUUCACAUGAGGAGGACUAUGAUGGUGCCAAUGGGAAGGAGCUGAGAGUGGUGGUAAACGGGAAUGACCCUGACUAUGAACAUUUCUAUACAGUGGAAAGCUACAACGAACCAACAGAAGAUUACAGAGUGGAACAGCUCCAAAGCUCAGAAAAAACGCGCGAUAAAGUAGACCCUACAACUGCACCACAACAGGAAAGGUAUAGAAGAGAAGCCGCCGAACAAGAGCCCUGCCUGUUGGCCCUGGAUGAAGGAACAUGUUCCAGGUACACACUGCGUUGGUAUUACCACAGGAAGACAGACAAAUGUCGACCCUUCAUUUACAGUGGCUGCAUGGGCAAUGCAAACCGGUUCCACACACAGGAGGAUUGUGAACAGAGAUGCAAGAACAACAAAGAGCCAAGCAAGCAAAGAAGAAGCUGAAUAAAACAACAAGAAAGAGUCAGAAAGGUGUAAAUUUUUAAUCAUGACGACUGAGCAAACAGCAAACAAGGCAAAGUGGGGCAACGUAUCAGAGUGUAUCUUGUUUGUAAUUAGUGAACUUGGCAUGAUAAUAUGCAAUUGUUUAAAACAAAAGGUGCUUUUUUUUUGAUGUUCUCAGAGUUUCUGAAUUAAGAUGGAAUCUUUAUGGAUAGUUAUUGGACAAACAACUCAGAAAACUGUGUGGAUGGGAAUGCGUCACUUCCCAAAUUCUGUUGUGCAUCACCAACAGGACAGUUAUCACCAUGGUGAUAGAUUGCAAUCAGAUUCACUGUGGAAGUCUUCAUUCGUAACUUUGUUCAAGAGACAAGGCUUUGAAAUGCUGGCCAUUUUUCCAAAAAUGGUGAUUGCAAACACAUCUCCAGCCAGGUAAUGAGCUGGGUUCAACAAUGACCUUUCACCUCUGCCACCCUGACUCCUGUCCCAUUAGAACAUAGAUAGCCUGUGGGAUUCUGGGAUCAUAUUAACCCCCUCUCCCCCACUCCUCCACUGGGAAGGUGCUCAGCACAUAAACGCCACCUUAGGCAGAGAGAAGACAUAGUAGAAAUUGGGAACAUGGGAGUGUCCCUCUCCAGGUUAAAGCACUUUGGGCCAAAGUUUUUUGUCUGUGUGUACCUGUGCUGUGCCCACACACAAACAAACAAAUUAGGGACAGAAGUGAUAGUACGAACUGCUGAUGCUGGAGUCUGAGAUAACACAGUGUGGAGCUGGAGGAAU